AUUAUUGCCACUGACUGAAGUUUGCUGGUGUCUCGAGACCAGUCAUUUAGAAUCUUGCUCAAAAUCAUUGAAUGAUGGAGUUGGAGAUACCUGCUUGGCUCGAUGAAGAGUUUCUCAAGACCGUUCUUCAAGGAGGAGAUGGCAAUCCAAGGGUUUUCAAUCAUCAAGUUCACAGUGAAACCAGCGGUGGCUCAAGGCGACAACUAUUCCAGCUUAAUUUUCAGAUCUUCCGUCGUAUACAAGACAGAAGAGUCGGAUACGGAACAUUGCGUGUCGUUAAUUAUCAAAGCCCCACACACAAAAGGGUUUGCUGCCGUAUUUUUUAGCUCACUGGAUGUCUUCAGUAAAGAGAAGAAGAUCUAUACUGAACUGUUACCAAACAUGUGUAAAAAACUCAAUCAACAGUUUUACCCAAAUAUGUUUUCUUGUCCAGUUGAAAACGUAUUGGUAUUUCAAGAUUUAGUUGAGGAAGGGUACAUCCUAGCUGAGCGUCGGGAACAACUCGAUUUCUCACACUGUAAACUUGUCUUGUCUACAUUAGCAAAAUUUCACGGUUGUUCUAUGAUGAUUCACAGAGAAAAUCCAACUCUUGUUGAAGCUCUCGGCGAAGAAAUAAUAUAUCGAGAUGACCGACCUCUUGGGCAGCAACUUAAAAGCGUGAUAGAUUUGGUGUUUACUAUUCCUAGAGAACUGUUGAGUAAAAUGGAUGGGUGCGAACGAUAUGCAGAGAUUUUGUCAGCCAGAACUGGUAUCUGGGAAUCACUUGUAGAGAAAUUUCAAUUCAAACCGAAUAGGUUAAAUGUAUUGAACCAUGGAGAUUUUUGGAUUAAUAACAUGAUGUUUAAGUAUGACAGCUCGGGAAAUGUUACAGAAAUAAAACUCAUCGAUUAUGCAGCGACGAGAUAUUCUUCUCCAGCAACCGACAUCAUCUACUUCCUCUGGAGCAGCGCGAAUGAAGAUGUACGAGAACACCGACUAGAGGAACUCUGUGACAUAUACCUGGUGAACCUGAACUCUGUCCUGGAGCACUUGGGGUAUGAGAGGCGGAUGUCCAAGACAGAGCUGACUAACGAACUGAGAUUUUUCUCUGACUGGGCGCUCUCUCUUAUCUGUCAGUUUUUACCCAUAGUUCUGACAGAUCCUCUAGAUGCCAUCAACGUAGAAGAUUUCUCGCUGAAAGAUAUUGAAGAAGGUAGUUUUAAACAACUUGAAAAAAUGUACAAGGAAAAUAAACUUUUCCUAGCCGCCUUACCAACGGUGUUGAGGCAGUACCAAACAUGGAUUUCUUCCUUGUAGAAAUAAAUGAUUUUAUAGAAAUAAAUAAAAUAACAAAAUGUU